CGUCACAUCUCACCUCCAUUGGGGAAUCUCUGAUCCCCCCCUUGUGGUGUUUUUCCUUCUUCUUUCUUCAUUUUGCUGUCUUUGGGACGGUUAUAUCAUACGUUCACGUGUACUGUACAUCGUACUGUUGCUGUUCCUGUCCAGCGUUGUGGGCGUCCAUUUUGUUGGGUUAGCGAAUUCGAGCAUCCGUACAUAAUAAACCAACCAGCCUCUGGCGAGCGAAUCUCGGCUCGUCCUCUUUUAAGCUUUACUUUCCUUCACCCCCCUCAUGCCCCGGCAGUCGAGGGCACAGGGUCUAGACUUUGACAUCCACAACGACCCAGCCUGCAGUGGCCCUAGCAUGGAAGACGAAUACCGCUACGAGGACGCAGACGAGAGUGUGCUUCACCACUACGACGACGAGGAAGGCGACAUGUCCCACGUGGACGGCGGCGACAACAGCUCGCACCACGACAACGAGGACGACGUCUUCAGCGACAACAGCCCGCGCAGCUCCAUGGGCUCCGUGUCCGAGGGCGCCCCCCGCAAGAGCUCGCACGACGCCCGAUCCCCGCGCAUCUCCGACAUCCAGCAGUACGAGACCGAGGCCGACUUUGUGCCCACCGCCAAGGGUGCGCCGCGACCGCCCUUCAGGUCUCCUUCGUCGGUCAAGGCCAUGCAAAUGAACUCUCCGGCGCCGUCUGUCUCGGGCGGCCAGCCUCGCUCUGGCCGGCGCAGCGCCCUGCCCACCGUCUCUCGCAUAGGCUCGCCGGGCAGCAGCCAGCCGCCGCAGUACUCGCCCAAGAAAACCCCGCCGCGCUUCAAGAAGAACGACCCGCCGCUGGUGCUUCUGCACGUCACUCUGCUGCCGCUGCGAUGGCCAUGGGGCGAAGUCUUGGACGAGGCCAAGACCAGCGAGCUGAGCGAGGGCGUCAAGACGCUGCGAGAGGCCUGGCGAGAGCUCCAGGACACCAUCGGUGACACGAUCCAAGACCGCGGUGUCCUCUUGCCCCAUCCCCAAAACGACUUUGAGGUCAUGGAAGAGCGCCUUCUCGAGGCUCUGGAGCUUCCCUUUAAGCGACGAGCACGCAUCCUGGAAUGCGGCCACUAUCUUGGCCCUUCCAACGAGAUGCCCUUUGCUGAUGAGCACGACAGCGAUGACGACGAUGCCUUUGAUGAGGACGGCGAGAUGCUCCCCAGCAAUGACAAGAAGCCGACUCACUGGUGCACCACCUGUUCUUCCGAGAUCCCAGUGGACGCCCUCGGUGCCGGCAAGAUUUAUCGCGUCAAGGUCUAUGCUAGCAACGGACUGAUGAGGGCUGGUGCGUGGGAGGCCUGCUGGAAGGAGAUGGAGCGAGUCGACAUUGAGCUGGAACCCAUGAUGGACGCCAAGCUUCAGGACGAACUCGUCCAUCUUGCCGCGCGCCAGGACCGAGUCAUUCACUCCAAGAGCAGAGCAGGCAGGCGACCGAUAUCAUCUCGCAUCCAAGAUGUAGAGGAUGAGCGGGAAGACGAGGACUUUGAUGACCAUGUUCGCGAAGAAACAAUGAAUGACGGCGAAGAGUCCUUUAUGGAUGAAAAGGCACACCGCCGACAGACCUCAUACGACACGACAUCCUCUGGAAAAUUUCGCCAGCACUCCGCCAGAACUUCCAUGGGCGGCCGGUCCUCGAUGGGAUUCGCGCCCCAAGAAGAAUCUGCUGGCAAGCAAAAGCGGCGCUUUAACCCCGGCAGCUUUCCCGACGUGGUUGUCAACGCUUUCAAGGCGCUGCUGGAUGAUAAGAGAAACCUUGCAAUCCUCCUCCUGAGUGCUCUAACCGUGGUAGUUGCGCUUCGGGGUGGCGUCAGCAACCGGCUUGAUGAUGUUAUUUCGUUCCAGCCGGUCGUUACCGACUCUGAGGUGCCGACUGCAGUCCUGAAGGAAGGCGAAGGAGAGGGAAUAGAGUUGGAGGGAGAGGCCGGAGCUGAAGGUGGAACCUCGCCUGUGGAUGACAUCCUAUUCACGCCCCAAGUCAACAUUGACGGAGAGAACCCCUGCCCUGCCGUGGAGCCGCAGACCGUUGAGAAGUGGAUGACUGCUACGGUCACCGAGAUGAGUACUGUGGCACGUACCGACAUGCCACUUGCGGAUUCGGAUUUUUCUUCUGACGACGACGACGACGAAGAUGCUAUUGUGGAUAAGAUGCUCGCGGGCGAGACGCUCACUUUGGGCGAGAAUUAUGUUGAGGAUGAGGAGGAGAUGCAUGGACAAGGACAUUCGAGCUGGGAGUGGGGAUCUCCGUUCAAGUUCCCCUGGUAAUUUACUUUUCUUCUUCCUCUGCUUCUAUUUUCUCCCCCCUUUUCUCUUUCUUAUCUCUCUCUCUGCUAUUUUGACCAGCGAAUGAUGAAGAAUACCAAUGAUGUAAGUAUGCAAGUAACAGCUGGAAAGAUGGAAAUAUGCCGCGACGAAUAUGAUUAUGUUUAUUUUGGGGAUUGGAAAAUUCUGUAGUUAGCUUGAGAGAGAUGCGUACUUGUAAUAAGACUGGAACGUUGGAUGAUUGUUGUACAAUGGAAGUCUCUUGGAUAUUGUUUAGUGCCCAGAUAUCUAUUUAGAUGGUGGCUUAUUUGUUUGCGCGAAGCCCCAUUAUACCCGAGCCUCUCUCUCUACCUUACCUAUAUAGAGUAGGAUGAAGCAACAAAUAGACUUAUUUUC